AUGAAGGGAUUAUCUGGCAGCCGCAGUCACCAUCACGGGGUUGCCUGUGACCCUGCAUGUGACAGCCUGCCACACCACCAGGACAGGAAGCCAUAUUUGUUAAACCCAGUGGAGCCCCACCCCACAGACCACCCUUACUACACUCAAAGGAACUCUUUCCAGGCCGAGUGCAUGGUGCCCUACAAUGAUCAGAUUGCCAGCAGCACGUUUCCCCGGAGGCAUUACAGCUCCCACCAUGAACUCAAGGACGAGUGUGCUCUGGUUCCCCAUGGAACUGCCAACAAGACCAACCGCAUCCCUGCCAACCUUUUGGACCAGUUUGAGCGGCAGCUGCCCCUGAAUCGGGAUGGCUACCACACACUGCAGUACAAGCGAACUGCCAUGGAGCACCGCAGCGACAGCCCGGGCAGGAUCCGGCACCUGGUUCAUUCUGUCCAAAAGCUCUUCACCAAGUCCCAUUCGCUGGAAGGACCAUCCAAGGGCAGCGUCAAUGGGGGGAAAGCAAGCCCGGAGGAGUCACAGACGAUGAGGUAUGGGAAGCGCAGCAAGAGUAAAGAAAGGCGAUCAGAAGGUAAGCCCAGAUCCAAUGCAUCGGGAUGGUGGAGUUCAGAUGACAACUUGGACAAUGAUGUUUGCAUUUAUCAUGGUCCCAGUGGGGUCAUGACCAUGGGAAGAUGCCCUGAUCGCUCUUCUUCCCAAUACUUUAUGGAAGCCUAUAACACUAUUAGUGAACAUACUGUGAAGUCCUCCAGAAGCAAUAAUGAUGUCAAAUGCUCUACCUGUGCAAACCUGCCUGUGAAUUUGGACUCCCAGUUAAUGAAGAAAAGCUCUUGGUCCUCUACAUUAACCGUGAGCAGAGCCCGUGAAGUUUACCAGAAAGCAUCAGUUAACAUGGACCAGACAGUGGUGAAGGCAGAGACGUGUCAGCAGGAACGGUCCUGUCAGUACCUCCAGGUUCCUCAAGAUGAAUGGACUGGCUACACUCCACGAGGAAAAGACGACGAGAUUCCCUGCCGCCGGAUGCGUAGUGGCAGUUACAUCAAAGCCAUGGGGGACGAUGACAGCGGAGACUCUGACACAAGUCCGAAGCCAUCUCCAAAGAUUGCUGCACGGAGAGAGAGUUAUCUCAAGGCCACCCAGCCAUCCCUUACCGAGCUCACCACCCUCAAGAUAUCCAGUGAACACUCGCCAAAGCUUCAGAUCCGGAGCCACAGUUACCUGAGGGCAGUGAGCGAAGUCUCCAUCAACAGGAGCCUGGACAGCCUGGACCCUGCAGGGCUGCUGACGUCCCCCAAGUUCCGCUCCCGCAACGAAAGCUACAUGAGAGCCAUGAGCACCAUCAGCCAGGUGAGUGAGAUGGAGGUGAACGGUCAGUUCGAAUCCGUCUGCGAGUCCGUGUUCAGCGAACUGGAAUCUCAGGCGGUGGAAGCGCUGGAUCUGCCUAUGCCGGGCUGCUUCCGCAUGAGGAGCCACAGCUACGUCAGAGCCAUCGAGAAGGGCUGUUCCCAGGAUGAUGAGUGCAUAUCGCUGCGGUCCUCAUCUCCCCCGCGUACAACCACCACGGUGAGGACCAUCCAGAGCAGUACUGUGUCAUCCUGCAUUACCACCUACAAGAAGACACCGCCUCCAGUCCCACCGAGAACUACCACCAAACCCUUUAUUUCCAUCACAGCCCAGAGCAGCACAGAAUCUGCCCAGGAUGCAUACAUGGAUGGCCAUGGACAGAGGGGAGAUAUCAUCAGUCAGUCUGGACUUAGCAACUCCACGGAAAGCCUGGACAGUAUGAAGGCACUGACAGCUGCUAUUGAAGCUGCCAAUGCACAGAUCCAUGGCCCUGCAAGCCAGCAUGUAGGGAACAAUACUGCCACUGUCACCACCACUACAACCAUUGCCACUGUUGCAGUAGAAGAUAGGAAGAAGGACCUCUUCAAGAAAAACAGAUGCUUAUCUAUUGGAAUACAGGUUGAUGGUGCUGAAGAAUCCACCAUACCAGGUGACAAUAAAGCAACCAGUAAGUUCCAGUCCAUAGGAGUUCAAGUAGAGGAGGAGAAGUGCUUUCGCAGGUUUACACGAUCUAAUAGUGUAACAACAGCUGUGCAAGCAGACCUGGAUUUCCAUGAGAACUUUGAAAUAAUCGACCCUCAAGAGGACAAUACAUGUUCUGGACAAAUAUCAAGACAGUUUUCCCGAGAUGCAAGCACCUCUACCGUUAGCAUACAAGGGUCAGGAAACCACUACCAUGCAUGUGCAGUGGAUGAUGACUUUGAGACAGAUUUUGAUCCAUCAAUUUUACCUCCUCCUGACCCAUGGAUUGACUCUAUUACUGAAGAUCCUCUGGAAGCUGUUCAAAGGUCAGUGUGCCCACGAGAUGGCCACUGGUUUCUGAAGCUACUUCAGGCAGAGAGAGAUCGUAUGGAGGGUUGGUGCCAACAGAUGGAGAGAGAAGAACGUGAAAACAACUUACCUGAGGACAUUCUAGGGAAAAUUCGAACUGCAGUGGGCAGUGCCCAGCUUCUCAUGGCUCAGAAAUUUUACCAGUUCAGAGAACUUUGUGAAGAAAACCUGAAUCCUAAUGCACAUCCACGGCCGACCUCCCAGGAUUUAGCAGGGUUUUGGGAUAUGCUGCAGUUGUCCAUAGAAAAUAUUAGUAUGAAAUUUGAUGAACUUCAUCAGUUAAAGGCCAAUAAUUGGAAACAGAUGGAUCCUCAUGACAAGAAGGAGAGAAGGGUCCCUCCUCCAGUGCCAAAGAAGCCAUCGAAAGGUCAGGUGCCACUCAUACGAGAACGCUCUCUGGAAAGCUCGCAGCGUCAAGAGGCCCGGAAACGGCUGAUGGCUGCCAAGCGCGCUGCAUCGGUCCGCCAGAACUCAGCUACCGAGAGCGCCGAAAGCAUUGAGAUAUACAUCCCCGAAGCCCAGACCAGGCUAUGAAGGGAUCCAACCGGGAGGACUCUCUCUGGCAAGACAAGCCUCAUGUAUAAUCUGCCCCUCUAGGCUCCUGCUCAAGGUCACCACGAAGUAUUUGUACCUCCUCCUCCUCCGCUCUCUCGCUCUCUCCCCCUCCUCUCCCCCUCCCCUCUCUCUGUACGCAGCUGCCCUGAUGCUCCCAGUGAACUCCACUGCCGUGGCGUAGUUGUCGGUCCUCCGAGAGAUGUCCUCUAAUCACCCUUGCUUUCUGAAGGUUCGCCCAUGUCAUCACGAUGCUUUGUCACAUGUACUGAUGCUGCCACUUUGCCUCAUGUAAACGAGCACGAUCCUUUUUUCUUUUCUGUUUGGGACAAAUAAACGCAGCACUCAGACUUCCACACACCCGCACACCUGUACAGUAGAUGCUCCAUUUAACUUACUCAUGAUCUUUAGUUGACCUAAAGCUAGUCUGUUACCCAGUGUACAGCAAUAUCAAACUGUAGGGGACUUUGGUAUUUUCAGUCAUGCAGGGUGAUCCUUUCAGACUCUGCCGUCUUCCUCACAAAAGAUGAAAGGACCUAUGACUCGGAUUCCCUUCUUUUUAUUACUGUUUUUUUUAAAGCAGAUGGCGCACUUUAUUCUAAACCUCCAAAUCACAUCUUCACCUGAAUUAAGGAGUCACAAAGGGGGAGGGAGCUGGGGUGGGAGCGGGGAGGGGGGGACGAAAAGAAACCCCACAGCUCUGGCAGGUGAAAAAGUGGAAGUAUAUCCCACAGGUGAGAUGGCGAGGGAUAUAAAAGAUCCUGUGGAAAGAUACCCGCACACUCACAGCUGUACAAACUGCCUCAUUUUUAUUUCAUCAAUCACUACUUAAACAUUUCAAUCAGCAGAAGAUUGUAAAUUCGAUCUUCCAGGGAAAUAAUCUAUUUUGAAAGGCAAUAAAAGAGUAAAAAGGAAGGAGAUAAGAAGCAAUGAUAGUUGAAGAGAUAAUAUAAAAGAAGGAUUUUCUUGUCCAAGUAUUAAGAAUUUUUAAAAUUGUACUGUAUUGUCAAUUCCUCUUGUAUUGUAUUGUAUGGAUUAUAUUGGUUAAAAAAAAAAAAAAAAAAAAAGCAAAAAAAAAAAGCUUGGUUUUGUUGAUGUCUUAAUCUCGGUGGGACCAUCCGAUCUCAUACGUCCAUGCAGCCACACACGGACACCUGUAGGUGAAUUACUGUACAUGGAGCCUCUGAUGCUUUUCCAGGCCAGGCUUGCUUUGCUCUAUCCACAGCUGGUUGUAUGCUACAGUUCAGACUGCUUAUCACCAAACCGUCCAUAUCUAGGAGUAAAUUUCUAAUUCAGCCUCCUCUUAAUAGUAUAAAGUACUCACUUGAACAAGAACAAUAGACUAUUUUUCACAAGUUAUGGGAUCAAUAUGAACUUAAUAUUUUUCACGACAAGCCUUCCUACCCUGGCUUCUGCCAUUGUUUUGCAAUCACAAAAAAUAUGCAUCCUAAGUAGCUCAUUAAUAGUGGGCGGAAAUGGCAGAUAAUAGGGCUGGAGAGGAGCCUGAAAGGUCAGCUCCUGUGUGUCUGUCCCCUCCAGCCACUUCUGGCUGGGGCAGGGGCCUGUCCUCCAGCUCCCCUGAUGAGGAAUGAUGCCGACCACGCUGCUACUGGAAUCUCUUGUGCCAACAUUAGGAAAGCUAUGUCAGGCAUGUUGCUGAAAGCGAGCUGUGUGCGAGCGUGUGAGCGUGUGAGUGCACACACGCGUGCCGGACUGGCACGUGCUGCUGCCAGCAGAAUUAGCGUGGGCUGCUCUGGGUGACAGGGCUGCUCUGGGUGACAGGGCUGCUCUGGGUGACAGGGCUGGUGCGAGCAGAGGAGCGCUGUGCAGUCCUCAGAGCAUGUGCAUCCUGCAGUGAUGUUUUCCAGACUCCUCUGCCGCUCCCUACGUGCUCUUCACGCCGUCUGCCAGGGCAGGGGUACGCGGAAGGCAGGCUGCUUUCUGCUCCCAGUGAGCACAGGGACAGCCCCACCAUGGAGGGGCACAGGUGGCAGCCCUUGCUGCACGCCACUGCUGGCUGGCUGUGCCCAUGGCUGCUCAACCUCCAUGGACAGUCCAACCAGUGAAAAACCCCACUGCACGUGUGGCGUGAUUCUGCAGCUUGCACUUAAAAGGCAUUGAAAAUCGUCAUCGAAAAGUUAAGGUCUUGUUAAAACUACUCAUUGAGACCAUGCCAGACAGCUUCUUUUCCUAUGACAUCAUAGCCAGGUGCUAAUUUAAUUUUAUUUGAGAAAAUAGGAGAGGUAAUAGGUUCUGGCACCAAGUAUUUUCAUGAGAGCAUACUAAAACCACUAGAGAAUUUGCUACCUCUCAAAGCCAUCGAUAUCUGAGCUAUGUCUUUAUAAACAGGGCACAAAUAUUUACUGCUGUGGUUUACAAGAUAAGGGCUAAUAAUUUAAUAUAUAAAAGACUUUUAACUAGAGUAAUCAGAAAUCCAGUGUAACUCUAGAGUGCUUGGUGUUACAGGAGCUUCAAAAGGUUUGACCCUCUUAGCGUUUGAAUACCAGUGUAUUUGCUAGUUUUGAAACACUGCGUUUAACUUUUAGCAGCAACAAAACAUCACCGUGUUUGCAGUAUGUAAUAGUGCCAACUGCCACUUUUGAGCAUAUAUAGUCAUAGGAAGUAUUAAUUAUUUGGAACUCAUUUGUACUGAAGUAUUCAAAGCAGUACCUAGGUGAGAGUCCACAUUCACAACUGUGUCGCAGACUUACUUAGUUUUUGUGAACGUUUUACGAAAGAUGAGUUAAGACUUUGGUUGACAAGUGGCUACAGAAAUUUAUAUCCAGUAAGUCCCCCCCUAAAAAAAGAAAAAAAGUGAAGACUAUCUAGUCUUGUACAUUACAAAUUGUUGUAUUUGUAUAUCAUAGAAUAUUUUUUGUAUCUAUUUUAAAUGAAUUUAUUCUUAGCUGAAUGCUUGUUAGUUCAUUUGGCACUGGAGAGGUUAUUAUAAUGUUUGCCUAGUUUUUUAGCAGAAUAUUAAAAAUACAGCCAAUACCAGAAAAUACAAAAUAAAAUAAUUCUGCCCAUAAAAUGCCACUAGUUGACCACUUGACUCAUUUACCAACACUAAUGCUAGUAUAUUUGCUCCAUCAUCUGUUUUAGUAUAAUUUGUAACUAUUUGUUUUUAGUCUAAACUGCCCAGUGUAUAUUAAAAAUGCCUAUAUUCUGUUUCACUUUGGGACUAAACUAUUGCUUUUUUUUUCCCUUGGGAGAAAUUUUAGAAAAGGUUGGUUUUGUUUCCUGCUUCAAAAGUUAAAAAACAAAAAAAAAAAGAGGUAUUUAUUAUAUUUUUUGCAGAUGUUUCCAUAAAAUUCUCAUAAUCUUUUUGUAAAGAAAGAUGAAGAAAUGGAUUAAAGAUUUUUAAUAUUUGAAAAGGUAAAUAGAAAUAAUUUAUUUGUAAUAUAUUUCAGUUUAUUUAUUGGUGUUCCCUUAAUGCUUUGAUGUGCACUAUCACUUUAAUUUGAAGUGUAUCUUUGUGAAUUUAUUGGGGGUUUUGGUUUUUUGUUUUGGUUUUUUUUUAAGGAAAAUGGUCAAAUGCAUAUUUUAAGUAGAAUGUAAAUCACUGGCCUACCUGCAUUCCCAAAUGUGAUUUUAAAAAUGUUUUUGAUUUGAAACAAAAGACACAAAUAUGAAAGCCUUUAGACAGAGGAGAGUGUUUUUAUGGCUUAAUGAUUUGGGUUUCCAUAGGAUUAUCUAUCUGGUUUGUGUGUGGACAGGAAAAUGUAAAUAGAUGAAUGUUUCCCAUAAUGUAAAAAGAGCAAAUUAAUAAAAUAAUUAAUGCACUGCU